UGCACACUACUUGCUCUUAGAAGCAAAGAGAGAGAAAGAGAGAGAGAAAAAAAGAGUGAGAGAAGAGACAAGGAGGUUUUGGUUUUUGGCAUUGGUGCUUGUGCUCGUGCUUGAGAAAUGGAAAAGAGAGAAAGAAAGAAGGGAACAGUAUCAGCGUCAGUGUGAUGAGUGGUUUCACUGAAAGGUUGGUUUCUUUUGAAGAUAGAAAGAAGGAAAAAAAAAAAAAAAAAAGGCACGCACAAGUAGUACUCAAAUCAAACCCAAUAAUACAAGCCACACUCAUGCUUAGGUCCGCGUGCUUUGAUGGCCUUUAAUUCGGUGGCUUUGUGUCAAGCCCCACCCUUUGAAAGAAAGAUCUGCACUGUGCCUUUUUUCACAGGUUUUGCUCUGCUUUUCAGCUUGCUUGGAUUCUUUGUUUUCUCAACACACAUCAACGUGGACCCUUCUUCUUCUUCUUCUUCCUAAUGGCAUGGUGAGUCAAGGUUGGAGAGAAAGGAGAGUUUUUGUUCGGUGGGUAUGCAAGUUGUGAAUUGAAGACGUAGAAACACAGGUUCCUCUUGUGGUUUGAGUUGAAGACGUAGAGAGUGGUGCAGCAUAGGAAUACAGCAUGAUGACUUCCGUAGAAGAAAAGCUUAAAACUGUUGGAGUUGGAGCUGGAGCUGGAAUGGUUGUUGGGGGUCAAACUUUGGUGGCUGAGAUGAAACUGUUGAAAGAAAUGCAGGAACAUUCUGGGGUCAGAAAGACUUUGAAUUCCGAGUUAUGGCAUGCUUGUGCAGGCCCUCUUGUUUCAUUACCUCAGGUUGGAAGUCUUGUGUUUUACUUCCCUCAGGGACACAGUGAGCAGGUGGCGGCUUCUACCAGAAGAACAGCAACGUCGCAGAUUCCAAACUACCCGAAUCUUCCAUCUCAGUUGCUGUGUCAAGUCCAAAAUGUCACACUUCAUGCAGACAAGGAGACAGAUGAAAUCUAUGCUCAAAUGAGUCUGCAGCCACUGAAUUCUGAAAAAGAAGCCUUUCCCAUAUCUGAUUUUGGGCUAAAGCCAAGCAAACACCCCACUGAGUUCUUCUGCAAAACUUUGACUGCCAGUGACACCAGCACACAUGGCGGCUUUUCGGUUCCACGCAGGGCAGCAGAGAAGCUCUUUCCUCCAUUGGAUUACACAAUUCAACCCCCAACUCAAGAACUUGUUGUUCGAGAUUUGCAUGAUAAUACCUGGACAUUUAGACAUAUCUACAGGGGUCAACCAAAGAGACACCUUCUCACAACAGGGUGGAGUUUGUUCGUAGGCUCAAAAAGACUCAGAGCUGGUGAUUCUGUUCUUUUCAUCAGGGAUGAGAAAUCGCAACUGCGAGUUGGUGUGAGGCGUGUUAAUCGUCAACAAACAACACUGCCAUCAUCAGUGCUUUCUGCAGAUAGCAUGCACAUUGGUGUGCUUGCUGCUGCAGCUCAUGCCGCUGCCAAUCGAAGUCCAUUCACUAUUUUCUACAAUCCAAGGGCUUGCCCUUCAGAAUUUGUUAUUCCGCUGGCUAAAUACAGAAAAUCUGUAUUAGGGACUCAGGUCUCAGUUGGCAUGAGAUUUGGUAUGAUGUUUGAGACUGAAGAAUCGGGUAAGCGCAGAUAUAUGGGUACAAUAGUUGGCAUCAGUGAUGUGGAUCCUCUGAGAUGGCCUGGUUCUAGAUGGAGAAAUAUUCAGGUGGAGUGGGAUGAGCCAGGGUGUGGUGAUAAACAGAAUAGAGUCAGUGUUUGGGAGAUUGAGACUCCUGAAAGCCUUUUUAUCUUUCCUUCUUUGACUUCAAGUCUGAAACGGCCAUUGCAAUCUGGGUUUUACGAAAAUGAGUGGGGGACUUUGUUGAGAAGACCUUUUAUGAGAGUUCCAGAAAAUGGAACUAUGGAGGUAGCAAACUCAAUGCCAAAUCUCUACUCAGAACACCUGAUGAAAAUGCUUUUCAAACCCCAGAUGAUUAACAACAAUGGAGCAUUGUUAUCCGCCAUGCAACAAGAAUCUGCAGCUGCAAGAGGUCCCUUGCAAGAGAUGAAGACCACAUUUGCAGCAGAUAAUAACAUGCCGCUUAGAAAUCUACACUCUCAAUCAAUCCCUGACCAACCUAAUCCCUUAAACAUGCAAUCACUGUUGAAAAGUGAUCAACCUGAAAAGUUGCACACUCUUCCUUCUGGGAUAGUCACUGAGAAGCCAAAAUUAGAGCCUGAGGUAUUAGCACCUGAUCAUAUGCUUGACUAUGCUUCCACUUCCAUGGAAGGGUGCAACAUUGAAAAAGUGGCUACAAAUCCUGUUAACCAGCAAGGCCUAGCAAACCAAUUGAGUUUCCAUAACCAAAACCAGAAUCCUCUCACUCAAUCUAGUCCAUGGCCUAUGCAAGCUCAGAUAGAAUCAUCAUCCAUGCCCCAUCCUCAAAUGAUUGACAUGGCUCAAGCUGAAACUGCUAUGGUAAAUAGCCUUCUUCCUCAGCUAGACAUUGAUGAAUGGAUGGCAUAUGCAAACAGAACAACAACUGGACCUUUACCUGAGUUGCAAGAACAUAAUUCACUUCAACCUCAAGUGUUGAAUCCCCCUUUACCUAACCAUGAAGUGUGGGAUCAUUAUGUCAAGAGUUUGAAGUUUUUGUCUCAAACAGACCAGCAGCUAGCCUCCAUCUGUCAGCCAGGGACGUUCAAUGGCAUCAAUGGCAUGCCAAGUCCAAACAGUCUGAGGGACCUUUCAGCUGAGAGCAACAACAACCAAAGUGAGAUUUGUGUCAACGUUGAUGUUAGCAACAGUGUAGGUACAACCGUGGUUGAUCCUUCCACUUCAAGCACCAUUUUGGAUGAGUUCUGCACAAUGAAGGAGAGAGAGUUUCAGAAUCCAAAUGAUUGCAUGGUGGGAAACUUGAGUUCAAGCCAGGAUGUGCAAUCUCAAAUAACCUCUGCAAGUUUAGCUGAGUCACACGCCUUUUCUCUCAGAGACAUCCCUGACAACUCUGGUGGCACUUCUUCAAGCCAUGUUGAUUUUGAUGACAACAGCUUUCUGCAGAAUAACUCUUGGCAGCAAGUACCUGCUCCCAUCCGAACCUACACAAAGGUACAAAAGGCUGGUUCUGUCGGAAGAUCAAUUGAUGUCACUACUUUCAAGAACUAUGAGGAGUUGAUCCGUGCAAUUGAAUGCAUGUUUGGACUUGAUGGUCUUCUGAAUGACACCAAAGGUUCUGGAUGGAAAUUGGUGUAUGUAGAUUAUGAGAGUGAUGUUCUGCUAGUUGGGGAUGAUCCUUGGGAGGAAUUUGUGGGGUGUGUUAGGUGCAUCAGAAUUUUAUCACCAACAGAAGUUCAGCAGAUGAGUGAAGAGGGAAUGAAGCUUCUAAACAGUGGAGCUUUACAAGGGAUGAAUGUUUGAAUCAUUCAAAAAGCAAAGGUUAAUGUUGUUGAAGAAGUCAUCAUCAUAUAAUGUUAUGAACUAAAGAACACUCCUUGUUGGAACAUUAUUUGGUAUGAAACAAACCUUGAAGAUGGAAGAGUUUUAGUUUAUUAUUACAGGUCAAAAGUUGUAAUAUGUUCCAAUGAGUCAAGGGUGUUUUGUUUACAUACCUAAUGUUGUAAGACAUUCUUGGAGGCAAGUUCAAAUAUUAUGCUUUACUUUUAUUACUA